GGUGGAGGAGGAGGCGGGUUGGGCAGCUUGGGUCCCCCAUGAAGAUGUUUGAGACCCCCGACGGGGCCGCCGCCCGCUCGGGCCGGGACCUCUGGGCCGAAAUCUGCUCCCGUCUGCCCGACCCCGACCAGGAGGACGUGGCCGGUGACGCCUUCUCGGACUCCUUCGCAGACUCCUGUCCCCAGGGGGGUGACCGGGGGCAAGGGGCUGACUUCUCCUCGAAUCCGGCUCUGAAGCCCUGGGCCCCCCUGCAGGACUCGGACAUCUAUUUAGCCUCUUUGGAGAGGAGACUGAGGCGCGUCAAGGGCCUGAGCCAGGAAGUGACCUCCAAGGAGAUGUUGCAGACCCUGGCCCGGGCCAAGGAGGAAUAUUGGGACCGGUUCCUGCAGGAGAAGCUGGAGUCGGAGGUGUUCGUGGAUGGGCUGGUUGCCGACGAGAGCACUCUGGAGCACUUCAGGCGGUGGCUCCAGCCAGACAAGGUGGCCGUCAGCACCGAGGAGGUCCAGUGCCUCAUCCCCCCCGACCCCCCGGCCGAGAAGGCGGAAGCCGGGCACGCGCCGUCGCCCGCGGAACAGUGACGCCCACCCGGGGCCCAGCGGCCGACUCGGAGCCGGGAAGCUGAGGCGGCAGCGGCGAAGGAACGGCCCGCAAAGGAAAGAGGAAUCCGAGGAGCGAGCGGCCGCCGGCCCGGACUGACCCUCCGCCGCUGCCCUCGCGGCUGCUCCUCCCUCGUGCCCUCCGGGGCCACGGGGCCUCUGGUGGGCCUGGAAAAGGGGGUCGUGAACGAAGGCGGCGGGCCGCCGGUGCUCCGCGGGCCAGAACGCUUCCCGGGUGCGGGGGCUCGGACCCUCCCGCGGCAGCUGGCCGCCCCAGCCGCUCCAUCCUGGGCCCUCUGGGCUCUCGCCUGUCCCGCCAUCGACCCCCGGCCCACGUCAUCCCCCGGGCCUGGAAUGCCCUCCCUCUGCCCAUCC